GUUAAGGUUUUGACGAUAGACGUGCUUUGUAAAGUCGAUACGAGGACACAUAAGGAUCUCGUGACAAGGCUCAUCAGCGACUGCUUACAUUAUUAACUUUACUAAAAUUGACGGUUACUAAAGUCAACUUUAUACGACAGCUUGAAGGGUUUUUUAUCUGACGAGAGAGAGUACGUAACGUUAGCUACGAGAUAGCUAACUGGCUAAUUAAGCUGUCAUUCGGAGUUUGUCGCUCACUGGGAGGGAAUGGAGAAAGCUAAACAGGAUGCAUUUGACAAUGCCAGACUUCAGGUGAUCAAAGAUGGCUAUGAGAGGGCCUUUGAGUGCAUCAAUAAAGGGCUGACAUCAGAUGAAGCAGGAAACAAGGCAGAGGCCCUGGAGCUCUACAAAAAAGGACGACAGCACCUUCUCAGAGCCAUCAGUGUGCCUACACAUGGAGAGGAGUGCUUGGGCAGCUCCUGGGAAUCAGCCAGAGAGAUGCAGCAGAAGAUGCGGGAGACGCUGAACAACAUCACCACUCGCCUGGCUAUAUUAGAGACCAGCUCUGACCCCCACACUGGACCAUCGCAGAGCUUUAGUAGCGGUGUGUCUAGGCCGAGUGUGAUAGACGAGUCUGCAGAAGCCCACUACCCAAAACUCCCUGCCAAAGAGAAGCCAGACAGGCCAGCUCCACCAAACCUACUUUCUGCUAAUGGCGAAGCAGCAGGAGCAGUAGGAGGCGUGUCUGCAUGCAGCAGUGUGGGUCAACCUCUUUCACCUACCAGACAGCCAGUGUUUCUAGGUGACCAGCCUCCAGCUUACUCUGCUCAGGCGGCUGACGGCCACCUCUCUAUUUCAUACGGAACUGAAUCAGGGGAGCUGUCGUUGGUUAGUGAUGAGUUCUACAGUCGUACGUCGAAUUCAACGCCAUCUCCCCAGAGCAUGGCUGAAGAGGGAGAGGAGAUGCUGUAUAUCCCUCACGGGGUUCAGAUAUUCUUUGUAACACCAGAGGGGCAAGUGAGCGCCCCGUCGUACCCGGGCUACCUGCGGCUGGUGAAGUUUACUAGUGAUCACUCUGAAAGAAUGCCCAACAGACCACCAGCAUUUCUGCAGGUGUGUGACUGGCUGUACCCUCUCAUGGCCAUGGACUCACCAGUGUUGCUGUGUAACACUGGUGUGUUUAUGUUUCCGGACAUGAUGGCGCCAACUCCAGGCUAUUAUGUCGGGGUGGUGCUAUCCUCUGAGCUGCCUGCUGCAGAGAGAGAGCUGUUCAAGGACCUGCUGUCCCAGAUGACAGAUCUGAGGGUUCAGGUUCCAGAUGAAGCUGCAGACAACAUUAACCUCAGUCAAAAGGUGUCCAUCGUUCCAACUGAGGAGACUGUGCCAGCUGCGACACAGGAGGAGGAGGAGGAGGAUAAAGCUCUACCCGAGUGGAGUGAAAAGGUUGCAAAUGGGAUUCUGACAGGUGCAACCUGGUUAAGCUGGGGCCUCGUGAAAGGAGCCGAGUUCACAGGCAAGGCCAUUCACAAGGGGGCAUCUAAACUCAGAGAACACAUCACCCCAGAGGACAAACCCACCCAAGUCAGCCCCACAGUCACCAAAGGCCUGCAUGUUGCCAAGCAGGCGACGGGGGGAGCUGUAAAAGUCAGCCAGUUUCUAGUGGACGGGGUGUGUACUGUGGCUGGCUGUGUGGGUCGGGAGUUGGCUCCACACGUAAAAAAACAUGGAGGAAAGCUAAUUCCAGAGUCCAUGAAGAAAGACAAGGAUGGGCGUUCCAACAUAGAUGGAGCCAUGGUGGUGGCGGCCAGCGGAGUGCAAGGAUUUGCAACCAUGUGGACUGGUUUGGAAGUAGCAGCUAAAGACAUCACCACGAGUGUCGCAUCAGAGACAGUCACCACUGUAAAACACAAGUAUGGUGCAGAAGCAGGAAACGCUACAGACCACGCUGUCAAUUCUGCCAUUAAUGUCGGUAUCACUGCCUUCAAUAUUGAUAACCUGGGGAUCAAAGCUGUGGCGAAAAGGACUGGCAGGCACACGGCGCAGGCCAUUUUGGAAGACUACCACCUUCAGGAAAAACCAGAGGACAAGAAGCAAGUGGAGAAAUCCAAGAAGUAGUCAGUAGUGCCCUGCCUCCUUCCCUUGCUCAGCAAUGCCUUAAAAAAAUUAUUUGUAUUCUUCUAUCAAAUAAAUCUAUAUUUAAUAUUCUUUAUUUAUGAUAUGAUUUAUAUUCACAAGAUAACUCCUGUUAUAUGCAUAUCAUAUAGUUUGAUACAGCUCUUAAGCACUUUAAUCUAUCAUAUCAAAUAUUUUAGAUGGAACUAGAUAGAGAAACAGCUGAUUAUAUAACCCAAAAAUACAUUUUAAUUUUAGUUACACAGUAUAUUGAUACACAAUAUGGAAUAGAUUUUGUAAACUGGUUGGUUAAUCUGCAAUUUCACAUCAUUCAGGUAUUAUAACAAUGUCACUGUUUGUACAAAGAAAGCAUUGGAUUGCUGUUGACUAGCCACUGAAAUCUUUCUUAAUCUUUAUGAAGCUUUGGUCUGUAAGGGUAAGUGCAAUUUGUGUACUUGGAAUAAAUGAAAGGAAUAAUAUUAUCUGUAUAUCAGUAUGCAGAUACUAACUGCUUUUGGCAAAAUAAUGUCUGACACAUUGUUUUCCCCUGUGGUGUUUAAUGUAAGAUGUAAUCACUGCUGCUCACUGUGCCUGCAAUUAUCAAAUGAAAAGCAAAAAUCUAAUAUUUUGUAAAUGUGUUGCAGCUGCAUAACAGAUAUAUAACAAGUGUUGCCUAUCAAUGAAGGUUACAGAAAUGUUAAGUCUGCAAGAGGAGGCUUAAACUGUAAAAGUGAUGUAUUUUUGUUCUGCUGCAAUCUGUUUUGCUGGUUUGUCCAUUUCACUCAAACUGUUCCCACAUAUUUUCAAAAUGUUAAUGUUGUAUUUAAUAUAAAAACUAUAGAUUGCAUUAUUUUGAUGUAUAGAAAAAAACUUGAACAAAAUGUGACUUUUUGAAGUGUGAUGCUAAGUGUGUAUCUAAACCAGCUGGUCGUUUUCCUAAGUGAAGUGAUGAUGUGGGUUGGGUUUUUCUCUCUUUUUACUUUGCAGCUUUAAGCCCUCAGCAGGUGAUUGUUGCCCAUUAAGAUGACUUUCCCACUUGAAAUACUGAAACAUUUCUGACAAAAUAAAACAGUUAA